UGAAAUCGAAGCUGCCUGUGGUGAUGGAUAACAGCUGUAGUUAAAAAGCAGCAGCUGGGGCAUGAGCUGUCCACAAUUUCUAAUCAGAAACAUGGAGGACAGAAAGCAGUGGAGGACGACGACCCUCAGGCAGCCCUGGAGGAUGUUUUCACAGGCUGGGGCAAGGCCUUCAGGCUACCAACUGGGAGCUCUGGGAACAGCGCUGUUGCAAACAAGAAGCCAUGGCCAGGCCGGAGCCCAGGAAUGUGGGCUGGGCUGGGAGCAGCCUCUGGACAGAAGAGGUCCCAUCCAGGAAACCUCGGGCAUGGCUGGGAAGCGCGGUACUGGGUGCCGGGUCUGUAUGUGUGUGUGAGAAUGUGUGCCCUAAGUGUCAGUGUGAGUCUGUGUACAUGUGAAUAUUGUCUUUCUGUAGGUGAUUUUGUGGGUGUGUGAUCAUGUCCCUGCAAGUGUGAACAAGUGGACAAGUGUCUGAGAGUGGACAAGAGAUCUGUGCACCAUCAGGUGUAUGCAUAGCGUCUGUGCAUGUCAAGAGUGCAGUGUGAAGUGAAGGGAACAGGCCCAUGGCGCCUCUCAUCAGGAGCUCCCUAAGGCCCCAGGUAAGUGCCAGUGACAGAUAAGGGUGUUGAAGGUCACUCUGGAAUGGGCAGGAGGGGGUAAGGAAAGGGUAAGGCCAUGUUCUGGAGGAGGGGUUGUGACCACAUUAGGGUGUAUGAGCCUAGCUGGGAGGUGGAUGGCCGGGUCCACUGAAACCCUGGUUAUCCCAGAAUCCUGUGUGGGCUUCGGGAGCUUGGAGUGGGGAGAGGGGGUGACUUCUCCGACCAGGCCCCUCCACCGGCCUACCCUGGGUAAGGGCCUGGAGCGGGAAGCAGGGGCAGCCUCUGGAGCAGCCCUUACCCGCCCUGGCUUGAUCCUGCACCCACUGGCAGCACAGUCAACACAGCAGGUUGACUCACAGCAGAGGGCAAAGGCCAUCAUCAGCUCCCUUUAUAAGGGAACAGUCACGCGCUCGGUGUGCUGAGAGUGUCCUGCCUGGUCCUCUGUGCCUGGUGGGGUGGGGGUGCCAGGUGUGUCCAGAGGAGCCCAGUCGGUAGUGAGGCAGCCAUGGGGCUGGAUGCACUGGUGCCCCUGGCCGUGAUAGUGGCCAUCUUCCUGCUCCUGGUGGACCUGAUGCACCGGCGCCAACGCUGGACUGCACGCUACCCACCAGGUCCCCUGCCACUGCCCGGGCUGGGCAACCUGCUGCAUGUGGACUUCCAGAACACACCAUACUGCUUCGACCAGUUGCGGCGGCGCUUCGGGGACGUGUUCAGCCUGCAGCUGGCCUGGACGCCGGUGGUCGUGCUCAAUGGGCUGGCGGCCGUGCGCGAGGCGAUGGUGACCCGCGGCGAGGACACCGCCGACCGCCCCCCUGUGCCUAUCACCCAGAUCCUGGGUUUCGGGCCGCGUUCCCAAGGGGUGUUCCUGGCGCGCUAUGGGCCCGCGUGGCGCGAGCAGAGGCGCUUCUCCGUGUCCACCUUGCGCAACUUGGGCCUGGGCAAGAAGUCGCUGGAGCAGUGGGUGACCGAGGAGGCUGCCUGCCUUUGUGCUGCCUUCGCCAAGCACUCCGGACGCCCCUUUCGCCCCAACGGCCUCCUGGACAAAGCUGUGAGCAAUGUGAUCGCCUCCCUCACCUACGGGCGCCGCUUCGAGUACGACGACCCUCGCCUCCUCAGGCUGCUGGACCUAGCUCAGGAGGGACUGAAGGAGGAGACGGGCUUCCUGCGCGAGGUGCUGAAUGCUGUCCCCGUCCUCCUGCGCAUCCCUGGGGUGGCUGGCAAGGUCCUACGUUCCCAAAAGGCUUUCCUGACCCAGCUGGAUGAGCUGCUGACCGAGCACAGAAUGACCUGGGACCCAGCCCAGCCACCCCGAGACCUGACUGAUGCCUUCCUGGCAGAGAUGGAGAAGGCCAAGGGGAACCCUGAGAGCAGCUUCAAUGAUGAGAACCUGCGCAUAGUGGUGGCUGACCUGUUCUCGGCUGGGAUGGUGACCACCUCGACCACGCUGGCCUGGGGCCUCCUGCUCAUGAUCCUACACCCGGAUGUGCAGCGCCGUGUCCAACAGGAGAUCGACGACGUGAUAGGGCAGGUGCGGCGACCAGAGAUGGGUGACCAGGCUCGCAUGCCCUACACCACUGCCGUGAUUCACGAGGUGCAGCGCUUUGGGGACAUCGUCCCCCUGGGUGUGACCCAUAUGACAUCCCGUGACAUCGAAGUACAGGGCUUCCACAUCCCUAAGGGGACGACACUCUUCACCAACCUGUCAUCGGUGCUGAAGGAUGAGGCUGUCUGGGAGAAGCCCUUCCGCUUCCACCCGGAACACUUCCUGGAUGCCCAGGGCCACUUUGUGAAGCCAGAGGCCUUCCUGCCUUUCUCAGCAGGCCGCCGCGCAUGCCUCGGGGAGCCCCUGGCCCGCAUGGAGCUCUUCCUCUUCUUCACCUGCCUGCUGCAGCGCUUCAGCUUCUCAGUGCCCGCCGGGCAGCCCCGGCCCAGCCACCAUGGUGUCUUUGCUUUCCUGGUGACCCCAUCCCCCUACGAGCUUUGUGCUGUGCCCCGCUAGAAUGGGGUACCUAGUCCCCAGCCUGCUCCCUAGCCAGGGGCCCUGAUGUACAAUAAAGCAAUGUGGUAGUUCCAACUUGGGUCCCCUGCCCAGACCCUUGUUGGGAUCAUCCUCCUCAGGGCAACCGCA